AUGGGCAAGAAGGGCGGCACGUCGUGGCUCACCGCCGUCAAGCGCGCCUUCCGCUCGCCCUCUAAGGACGACAGCAGCAGCCCCACCAGUAAGGCGUCGCGCCUCCGCGAGGACACCGACGGCGACGACGACAAGGGGAAGCGGGAGCAGCGGCGGAGAUGGCUGUUCCGUCGUUCCUCGUCCCCGUCCCCGUCCCCGGCUCCCGCGCCCACGGCGCCAGACCACGCGCACCCGCGGCCCGCGGCCGUGACGGAGGAGCAGCGGCACGCCAUCGCGCUGGCCGUGGCGACCGCGGCGACGGCCGAGGCGGCGGUGGCCACAGCACAAGCAGCCGCGGAGGUGGUCCGCCUCACGCGCCCCGGCGCCGUCCCCGCCGGCAGCAGCUUCGUGCGCCGCGAGCACUACGCCGCCGUCGUCAUCCAGACCGCGUUCCGGGGCUACCUCGCCCGCCGCGCGCUGCGGGCGCUCAAGGGCCUCGUGAAGCUGCAGGCGCUGGUGCGGGGCCACAACGUCCGGAAGCAGGCCAACAUGACGCUCCGGUGCAUGCAGGCGCUGGUGCGCGUCCAGGCCCGCGUCCGUGACCAGCGGAUGCGGCUCUCCCAGGACUCCAUGCUCUCCCUGUCCAUGUCCGGCGCCGGCGCCGCGCCGUGUGGUAGCAGCAAGUCGUCGUACAGCGUCGAUACGUCCACGUUCUGGGACUCCAAGUACGCCCACGACUACGCCGACCGCCGCUCCGUUGAGCGGUCGCGCGACGGCAGCAGCUUCGCCGCCGACGACUGGGACGACCGGCCGCGGACGAUAGAGGAGAUCCAGGCCAUGCUGCAGACGAGGAAGGACGCGGCGCUCAAGCGCGAGAGAGCGCUCUCCUACGCCUUCUCGCACCAAAUUUGGAGGAACCCGGCGGCGGCGGGGGCGUCGGCGGAGGAGAUGGACGUGGACGGGCAGCCACGGUGGGCGGAGCGGUGGAUGGCGUCGCGCGCGUCGUUCGACACCAGCCGCAGCAGCAUACGCGGCGCGGCGGCGCCCGGGCGCGCGUCCAUGGACCAGCGCGAGCCGGUGAAGACGCUGGAGAUGGACACCGCGCGGCCGUUCUCGUACUCGACGCCGCGGCGAGGGUCGUCCUCACCGAUGCACCGCACGCAUCAGCAGCAGGCUCACCCGGCGGUGGCGACGCCGUCGCCCGUGAAGUCCCGGCCGCCGAUCCAGGUGCGGUCGGCGAGCCCGCGCGUGGACCACCACCACGGGAGCGGAGGGAGCUACACGCCGAGCCGGCUCCACUCGCAGCGUCACGCGUCGGCGGCCGCGGCGGUGCCGAGCUACAUGGCGGCGACGGAGUCGGCCAAGGCGCGGGUGCGGCCGCAGAGCGCGCCGCGGCAGCGGCCCGCGACGCCGGAGCGCGACCGAGGCAGUGGCGGUGGGUCGGCGGCGGCGAGCGGCGCGAAGAAGCGGCUGUCGUUCCCGGCGCAUCCGCAGGGGCGGGUGGCCGCGGAGUACGCGCAGAGCCUGCGGAUCCCGAGCUUCAAGAGCGCGGCGGGGCGGUUCUCGUCGGAGCAGCGGUCCACGGUGUCGUCGUCGUGCGCGGACAGCCUCAACGGCGGGGACGUGGUGGUGUCGCGGUCGUCCACCACGGACCUCCGGCGCUGGCUCCGCUGA